GUAAGGGUGCAAAAACUGUAGAAAUGCGUGUAUUGGUAUUUGGUAGAAAUUGGAAAUUGUGUUCCUCCCAUCACUCCCCCAAUCCUCAUUUCAACUCAUUUCUCUAGAGUUUGAAUUUCUAGAGAAACUUGGAAUACUCAUUUCUCCAAUCCUCCUCCUCCUCCUACUUUAGGAGAGAGAAAAUAGGAGAGAGAAUUAAGAGUUGUUUAUAAAUUCUUCAUCAAUUAAACAAAUCAAUUAAGAAAGUGAUUGAUUUUCUACUCAAUUAUUACUCCAAAAAAAACAAAAAAUGAAAGUCCAAAUGCGUGUAUUAAACAAGUUGAUUCGCCGACUUUAUUAUUCAAAUUUCAGUUCUGUUCAUCUUCUUCCUCGCUAAUUUCACCUGUUUUUCUAUGACUGUAGUGAGCUGGCUGUGUGAAUAUAUUGGUGGUAAGGUGCAUUGUGUAGGAUUGAUGAGAGAUGCAGAAAUCACGUAGAUCUCUUCUGCAACGAAGAAACUUACAGAAAGUUAUUGGUAGAAAUCAUUUGUAUAAAUAUUCACUUUCCUUAGUUAUCGUUCUUUGGGGGCUCGUCUUUCUUUUAAGUCCGUGGAUCAGUAAUGGUGAUGGUAAUCAAGAUGAAUCACUGGCCCUUAAUGUCUCAAACUGGGAUGAAAGCAAGUUAGGAAGCGAUGUAGCCUCUAGUUCUGUAGAUAAACAUUCACCAGCUUCAUUAGAAAACAAGCAUUUGAAAGAAACCUGUUCCGAAUAUUCUUAUGAGACUUCCUGCACUGAUGGUGCCAUUGUUGAAGAUUUCGGUUCUGAGGCACAAGCUGGAGAUAUUAGACAUGAUACCAAAACCGGUGUUACAGGAUCCUUGGAACAUUCUGAGGUGGAGCCUACCAAUUCAGAUUUGGAACAUAAAAAAGGCACUGGAAAACUAGAGAGGCUAACUCGAACUGCCCCUCGUGGUCUAGAUGAAUUUAAAAAGAAGGCCCUGAAUUCUAGAAAUACUUAUGUACCUGGUGCAACUGGUAGUAUCAUUCACAGAAUGGAGCCUGGGGGUGGUGAAUACAAUUAUGCUUCAGCUGCAAAAGGCGCUAAGGUGUUGGACUCUAAUAAGGAAUCCAAAGGUGCUUCAAAUAUAUUAAACAUGGAUAAGGACAAGUAUCUUAGAAACCCAUGUUCAGCUGAGGGGAAAUUUGUUGUCAUUGAACUCUCUGAAGAAACUCUAGUCGAUACUAUUAAGAUUGCCAACUUUGAGCAUUACUCUUCUAAUUUGAAAGACUUUGAGCUGUUGGGGAGUCUAGUUUAUCCUACUCAAACAUGGGUAAAAUUGGGCAACUUCUCGGCUGGGAAUGUGAAGCAUGCUCAAACCUUUACUGUACUAGAGCCCAAAUGGGUGAGAUACCUGAAGUUGAAUAUAUUAAGCCAUUAUGGAUCUGAAUUUUACUGUACACUAAGUAGUGUUGAAGUAUAUGGUAUUGAUGCUGUUGAGAGAAUGUUAGAGGAUUUGAUCUCUGUUCCUGAUCAUCAUCAUUAUGCAAGUGAGGAAACAACAGAUGAACAGGAACAGAAGCCAAUUGUUGCAGAAUCUGCCGAGAGCAACCAUCCAGAUCAGAACUUGUUCAGUGAGAGUGAGACAGCUGGGAGUAAAAACUUGAAAUAUGAUGAUACAAUCAAUGAUGUUCCUGAUCCAGUUGAAGAAGUGCAUCAUCAACAGGGCAGCAGGAUGCCUGGCGAUACCGUUCUCAAGAUUCUGAUGCAAAAGGUUCGAGCACUGGACAUAAGUUUAUCUGUUCUAGAGCGAUAUUUGGAGGAGGUUAACUCCAGAUAUGCUAGCAUUUUCAAGGAAUUUGACAAGGAGAUGGAAGAGAAAGAAAUCCUAAUGGAGAAGACCAGAUUGGAUAUAAAGAGCGUUGUAGAUAGCAGGGAUGUUAUUGCUAAGGAUGUUGAUGACCUUGUGGCUUGGAGAUCUUCAGUGUCCAUGCAGUUGGAUAGCUUACUAAAAGACAAUGCUAUGCUCAGGUCAGACGUCAAAAAGGUGCAGGAAAAACAGUUGUACAUGGAAAGCAAGGGCAUCAUAAUAUUUCUUAUAAGCGUAAUUUUUGGUUUUUUGGCACUCGUUAUGCUGUUCACAGAUAUGGUAAAUAGUGUUUAUAGAACGGAAAAGUCCAGGAAAUUUUGUUCGAUGAAGUCUUCUUGGUUUUUCCUAUUUUUGAGCUGUAGUUUUACAAUUGUAAUCCUUUCUCUAUAAACAGCGGCUUGUAUCUUCUUAUUGAGUUUAUAUUUAUAUAUAAUAUAUAUGUGAAUGAUCCAUUAUUUCA